UAAAAACCUCUAUAAAACCCAAAGCCCAAAAUCCCACUAACUUGUGAAAGCUGAGAUGGCUGGAAAUGUUGUAGGCGUUGGAGAUGAAGAAAGUCUCCCCAUUGGGACUAGAAUCCAGCCUUUCUCCUCCACCCCAAGGUCUGAAGACUGGCGGUUGGAGGAUAGCACGAAGACCACAUCUGGUCAAUCACUCUAUGAGAGGUUGGGCUUGCCCGAGUUUUUCUCCUUAGAGGUGUGGCGAGCAUCAGUGGCCGAGCUGGUCGGCACGGCGAUCCUCGUCUUCGCGCUCGACACAAUCGCAAUCUCCUCCUUUGAGACCGACACAAAGACUCCCAACCUCAUGAUGUCAGCCCUCAUAUUCCUCUCCGUGACAAUUCUCCUCCUCGCUACCGCCCCAGUCUCCGGCGGCCACAUCAAUCCAAUCGUCAGCUUUUCCGCGACUCUGAUCGGACUCAUCUCUCCUGCACGUGCCGCCAUCUACAUUCUCGCCCAGUGCAUUGGAGGCGUGCUCGGUGCACUUGCACUAAAGGCUGUCGUCGGCAAUACCAUUGAGAAUGCAUUUUCUCUCGGUGGAUGUACCCUCUCCGUCAUUGCACUGGGACCUCAUGGGCCCAUCACCGUCGGUAUCGACACAGGCUCCGCUCUCUGGCUCGAGAUCAUAUGCUCAUUUGUAUUUCUCUACGCAUCGAUAUGGAUGGCCUUCGAUAGACGGCAGGCAAAGGUUCUAGGGCCUGUCAAGGUGUGUGUGAUCAUCGGUGCUGUGGUGGGGCUGUUGGUGCUUAUAUCCUCCACGUUGACAGCGAAGAAAGGGUACUCAGGCGCUGGGUUGAACCCUGCUCGGUGUGUAGGGCCAGCACUUGUUAGAGGCGGCCACCUCUGGGAUGGACACUGGGUGUUUUGGGUGGGGCCCAUCAUCGCCUGUUUGGUAUUCUAUCUAUACGUCAAGAUCAUUCCACGUCGUCAUUUCCAUGCAGAUGAGUUUAAGUACGACGUAUUUACUACAGUGAAGGUUCUGUUUCAGUAGUAGCAGUGGGAGAGACAGGGUGUGGUUUGACUUGUGAAUGCAUAUAGAAUAUAUACAUUUGUAAAGACACACGUGCCGUUGUGGCAUGCGUGUAGGUCAUCAAACUAGUAAAUAAAGUGGGUCCCUCAAUUAAUAUAAA